AUGACUUGCUUUCGCCAUGUACUCCAUACCAAGCUUAGUGGACAUUUCACAAUUCCCAACCAGUUCCUCAUGACUGUGCACAUUUCCAGCAUCCAUCGAGUAUAUCCAGGUCCCAAGGUAUCUCUGACCAUUCGAUCGUCCAUUUGUAACGUCAAUUCAGCAAAAGAUGUGCGCGAUGCAUUUUCCGUUAUCCAAGUUACCACAAUCAAACUCAACCCUUCACCCCCCGGUACAGCUGAAAUGGAAAACAUCAAACGCCCGAAACGCCCGAAAUAUCGAUAUCGCUAUCAUUCUCUGUUUGAUUUGAUUUGA